UUUUAAAGAUAAUGCUUAUAUCCCUUCCAAUAUUAUUAUUUUUAUUAAAUAAUAUUUAUUGUAAUCCACCAACAAUUGAUGAAUGUAAAAUUAGGGAUAAUAUAAAUGAUUACCUUCAUAAUUGUUUUUUUUGUUACCAAGAAUUACUUGUUUGCCUUUUCUCUACCGAAUUAAAAUGUGAUAUGGAAAAAAGUUUUACUAAUAGAGAAUAUUAUUUUGAUUAUUCUAAUUGUAAAGAUUUAUAUUCGGGUUGUGCUACAGCUGAGAAAAAUGGAUGUUUAGAUGGUUAUUGUAAAUGUGAAAAAUUAAUGAUUGGUUGUAUAACAAAAAAUAAAUGCCGUCCUUUACAUGAUAAAAAAUUAAAUAAAUCAUUAAGCAACUUUUAUUGGUUUAUUACAAAUUAUAAAGUAGAAUCUGCAAUUACUAUGGACAAAAAUAAACCUAUGAAUACAUCUUUUGUUUCUGUUAAUUAUUUUGAUGGAAUAUUUAAUUCUCUUUUGCAUAAAUUAAUUAAAUAA